GAAAAUUAAGAAGAAGAUCAAUGAAAAAUUGAUUAUGUCAAAUGUCAAAUUCCAUCAGCAAAGUUAUAAAGGGAAUUAUUAUUAUAUUUUAGGUUGUGGCUUUAUAAAAGUGGUUUUCAAUCCGUUUUCCAACUAGUUUCUUUUAUGUAAUAAAAGUACCAUAUUUCUGCACUCAACAAUGCGUCGCAAAGGAUCUAGGAAUUCUAGAAAAUCUGCUAGUGAAAAGGAAGAUCCUCUUGAUUCAUCCAUGGGCGACAGCAAUGGACAAUCUAUCAAAAGACUUUCUAGAUUUGAUAGUAAACCUGUAAAUGAAAAUAAUGAACAAAGUACUGAGUGCAAUAAUCCUGAUCAAGGAAGUGAAAUCGUACAGAACACAUCAACUGAUCCAGAAAAUGUUUCAAAUGAAAUUAAUAAUUCAGUAAGUGAUAAUAAGGAAGAAAAUGAAAAGGAUCUUAAAUGUCAACAGGAUGGUGACAAUGAAGAAGAGAAGGAUAUUAAAGGUAAGUCUAAAGGUAAAAGUAACAAAAAAGUUGAACAGUCACGGAGUAGCAAACCUGAAAUUGAAAAUGACAAUGUUCAGGGGUCAAUCCAGUCACCCCCUAAAGAUAAUGAUGAAAGUAUAGAGAACUCCAGUGGAACUGCGCAAGCAAAUACACACGAGAAUCCAGAACCAAAUGAUGGAAACAUUGCUAGGGAAAUAGUGAACGAACAAGGAAGUGAAAGUUCAACCCAAGCAAACUUUGAAAGUGCAUAUGUUCAAGAUGGUGAUGUUUCGAGUGAAAUUCCUAAUGAAGGAACUCAAAGCAGCAACAACAUAAAUGAAUCGAUCAGUUGCGGAGAAAGAUCAACUACUCCUGAAAUAAAACAUAACGCAUCUAAAUCAGAUGCUCUAGUUAGGAGCCAGUCGGAUGAUAAUGAUAGGAAAUCAACUGGAGAAAAGAAACGAAUAAUUCUUCGCAGAUCUUUACCAAAAAGCACACAAGAAAACGACGAUUCAAAAAAAUUUAAUCAGGAUGAAAACAUCAAAGAUAUACCCCGAAAAAAAAUUGUUCUUAAACGUCUCACACCUGGUGAAAAAGCAGGGGGCGAGAAAAAUUCUUCUGUUGAUGAGAAACCUGAAGAAGAUUCAAAGAAUAUUAGACGAAGGGAAUCUUCAACAAGUGAGGAAAGUGUAGAGAAAAAGAGAAGAUUGAGUAGUCAGAGUGAAGAGAGGGUAGCUACACAAGAGAAACUAAACAAACCUAUUGCACCCAUUAGAAAAGUAAAAUUGCUCAGACACGUCCCCCAACCAAGAGACAGCCAAGGCGACAAAAGCGCUCAGAGAACUCGCCGGCAUCUUUGGGGCAAAAGUGAUUCGCUGAAUAAUUUGUCAGCUACAACAUUCAAGAUUGAUGUAGACGCCAUCAAAAUAGUGUGUCCAUCUCUUGAGUUUCUCAAAGAAUCUGAGGUUAAACUAGAUUCAGUACCCAGAGUGCAAACCAAAUCUGAGAGUGAAACAGUCAAAAGGAAACUUUCCACAGAAAAAUCCGAGGACGAGAAAUUCAAGAGGCAGGUUUCUGAGGAAACUACGGAAGAACAAAAAUCUGAAACUAAUCAGAAUAUUAUAGCUCUCAAUAGAAAGAUUAGCAUUGUAGAUGACACUAUCAGUAAAAUGAGACCUCCGCCGAGCCCUGCGAAAAACUCUCGCUCUGACAUAUUGUACAUAACAAACUUGGUGAGACCUUUCACAGUUAAGCAGUUGAAAGAGCUACUAGAGAGGACGGGGAAGAUUCGUGAAGAUGGAUUUUGGACGGACCGGAUCAAGUCAAAAUGUUAUGUUCAGUAUGAAUCUGAAGAAGAGGCAGAGGCUACCAGAAAUGCCCUUCAUGGUAUCUUCUGGCCCAUAGGGAAUGGAAAGCGACUAGUCAUUGAUUACGCAACAGCAGAAGAUAUGGAGAAGGCAAGGAAACCAGUUCCAGCUGAAGUAGCUCCUGUUCUACCUGAGAAAUUACCUGAAAAAGAAAACAGG